AUGAGCCAUCUCUACAAGCACCUUCGAAUCCACCAAGUAUUCGGAGCGAACACAGACGUUGGAAAGACCAUCAUCACUACUGCUCUCAUUCGGGCUUCGGCGCUCAAUAGCAACCGCGUUUUUUAUCUUAAGCCGGUGAGUACUGGUGCACCGCAGGAUGCGGAUGAUGAACAUAUAAAACGCCAUGCGGGGCCCCAAAAGCAUCUAGUGGACGCUCAUUGCUUGUUCCGCUAUGGAGACCCCGUUAGUCCGCAUCUUGCUGUUAAGAUGGCUUCUGAGGCUCAAGGUGGACUCAAAGUUUCUGUACCUUCAGAUGAAACGUUUGUUGGGUCGGUUGCGGAGCAUAUCAGAAAGCGGGCUAGGGUUGCGAGUGGGCCGGGUCACAUGUAUGUGGAGACUGCUGGAGGCGUCCACAGCCCAACGCUUUCCGGAACAACCCAACUAGACACCUACCGCCCCCUCUUCCUCCCCACCAUACUAAUCGGAGACUCCAGACUCGGCGGCAUAUCAUCAACUAUCUCAUCAUUCGAGUCCCUCCUCCUCCGUGGAUACAUCAUAGAUGCGAUCCUCUUAUUCCGGGACGAAUACUACAGGAAUUACGAAUACCUAACGCAGUAUUUUGCAGAGCGAGGGACGCAUGUCACUGCUCUUGACCCUCCUCCCCCACGUCUCGACUCUAUAGAGAACGUUGCGAAUACAGAGAAAUACUACUCGGAUCUUGUCCCAGACACCCUUAAAGGCGAUAUUUUUACUGCACUGGAACAUCUAGACCAGUGUCACGUUAGACGCAUCGAAGAACUAGACUCAAUGCCCCGCCGUACGCUCGACGCGAUCUGGUGGCCGUUCGUACAACACGGGUUGGUCAAGACCGAGAAGGACGUUUCGGUCAUCGACAGCGCGUGGUCAGAUUUCUUUAGCAUUUAUGAUGCUUCUUCCGGGAAAACUUCACCUUCGCAACCAAAAUCGCUAUUGCAACCUCAACUGGACGGGUCCGCUUCAUGGUGGACGCAAGCUGUCGGACAUGCUCAUCCGACGCUGGCACUUGCUGCUGCAAACGCGGCAGGACGUUAUGGCCAUAUCAUGUUCCCGCAGGCGACUCAUACUCCUGCUCUAAAGCUUGCUGAACGCCUCCUUCAAGGACCGGGCAAAGGCUGGGCUUCUCGUGUAUUUUUCUCAGAUAACGGGUCUACCGGGAUGGAGGUUGCGCUUAAAAUGGCUUUACGAUCGUUCAUCGUCAGCUCUGGACUCGAGUUGAGUUCGCCGGAGAAGAAGAAUUUGAGGGUUGUUGGACUAAAGGGGAGUUAUCAUGGAGAUACGAUCGGGACUAUGGAUGCUUGCGAGGAGGGGGUCUAUACUUGUGAAUGGCAUGAAGCGAAGGGUUAUUGGUUUGAGCCACCGACUGUGUCCAUUCGGCAAGGCCGAGUCACUGUUUCCCUUCCACCUGCUCUGUCGUCUCUCACCAGUGAUCAACGGACAAUCGAAGGAUUUGAAACACUCUCUCAUGUUUAUGAUGUCGAGGAGCGUCUCGAGUCUCCGCUAGCAAAACACUACAGGCAAUACCUAAAUAAACACAUGCGUAGCCUCCAGGCAGACGACACCCGAAAACUCGCAGCUCUAGUCAUCGAACCCAUCGUGAUGGGCGCAGGAGGGAUGAUAUUCGUGGAUCCAUUGUUCCAACGGAUCAUGGUCGACGUCGUCCGCGACCCCGCCCUAUUUCCUACACCUCUCCCAGUCAUCUUCGACGAAGUCUUUAUGGGGCUAUACCGCCUAGGAUUCGAAAGCGCAGGUCCUCUACUCGGUGUCAACCCUGACAUCUCAGUAAAUGCCAAGAUUCUCACCGGCGGUGUGUUGCCUUUGGCAGUAACGCUCGCGUCCGACCGUAUCUUUUCGGCGUUCAAGAGUGAGAGCAAAGUGGACGCGUUGUUGCAUGGACAUAGUUAUACGGCACAUGCUGUUGGAUGUCAGGUUGCGAAUGCGACACUUGAUUUGGUUGGUAGGUUGAUGGAGAGUGAUCCGUGGGUGGGGGCAAUUAGCAAAUGGACGCCUGAAGGAGCGUUGACGACGAAAGUGUGGAGUUUCUGGGAUCCGGAGUUCAUCACUUCGAUAUCUUGUCUGGAUAUUGUUGACGAAACAAUGGCAUUGGGAACCGUGCUUGCUAUCAAGUUCAAGGAUGAUGAUGCAGGUUAUGCAUCGCAUUCCGCUCAGACUCUCCUCCAGAGCUUGCGAUUGCCACUGGAUGAUGGAUCUACGUCCGCAGCUCCGGGAGGUGCGCCUUUUGGGGUGCAUUAUAGGACGUUGGGUAACGUGGCGUAUUUCAUGAGUAGCUUGAAUACUCCACGUGCGACUAUCGAGGCGUUGGAGGAUCGGCUGUGGAGGCUUGUGUCCAGUCUACAGCGUUCGUAG